AUGACUAUCACGGGCGAUGAUCUUCCCCAAUUUCAACCUGGAUGCGUCUGCGACCUUACGCUUGCUAUGACUAGCCAAGUCUCACAUGCCCUUACACCCUUUUGGAAGCACGCACCCCUACCUCAAAUACCUGGCGGCCUUUCAUCACACUGCCCCUGCACUAUUAGCUCUGCAGUCUGGCGCCUUAAACAGGGCCUCGACCCUGCCUUCCUUCCGCCAUCAAUAGCCAAAUUCUAUAGCGACGACAAAGACCUACACGAGCGCACAUAUCUACCUAGUAGCUCUAGAAUUACAGAUAUAUGGAAGUGGGUGUUUAGAUAG